CUUUAGCUGCUUUUCACUAAACUCCUGUCCUGAUGUCACUCCGCUGGCAUGGUGGAGAAGCGGACCUGAUUAUUGUGAUGGGGGCAGGUGGCAGGCAGUGACCAGAGACUUCCGCCACUGCUUCCCAUAUCCGGGUUUUGCGCCGUCUGUCCUACUAUCUGGUUGCUUCACAAUCGGACUACCGAAGGCGCUUGUGCGCUUUCCCCCCAACUCAACAACAGGAGGAGGAGGUGGCGGCGGUGGCGCUGAGCUUAACUGGGAGAAAAGUUCUUCCAAAAUAGCCGCCGCUCGGCCCCGUGAUGGGGGACUUCGCCUCCCCCGCUGCCGGACCCAACGGCAGUAUCUGUAUCAACAACAGCAUGAACCCGGCCGACGCGAGCAUGGGGCCCGCCGCGAGCGUGGUAGGAAUACCUAAGCACAGCACGGUGGUGGAGAGGCUGAGGCAACGGAUAGAGGCCUGCAGGAAACACCACAUAUCCGAGGAGACCAGGUACCAGCAAGCCUACGCCGAGCAGAUGGAGAUAGACCGCAGGGACACGGUCAACCUGUACCAGCGGAGUCUGGAGCAAAGGGCCAAAAAGUCCGCCAGCGGCAGCAGCGGCACCAAGCAGCCCCAGAGCAAGCAGCUGGACCCGGACUCUGCGUCCUCCGCGGAGCAGAGGAAUAACACGCUCAUAGCGGUGAGAGGAGCCACUGCGGACAGAGAUGCAACAUGGCAGACGCAAGAAGUGGACAGGUCUCUAGAGAGCCGCAUGAGAAUGCUUGACACUUGUUCAGCAUCGUCAUCUGCUCAGCCUGAUGGGACAGUGGGACAUAAUUCUUUCCUGAUUAAGGCUCAGCAGCCUUAAUCGGGAAAGAAUUAUGCUGAUAUGAAUCACUAUGAGUCACUCAACGAUUGGCUGAAUUACAUCGCCAUAGGGAGUGGAAUCAAAGAUGAAAAUACACCAGUUGGAGAAUCACAUUAUAAGGUUCCUCGUAGCACUCCCAGGCAGGAUGAGGGUUGUGAUGUCCCCACCCCUUUCUGAGUUACACCGAAAUAAAGGAAAGAACAAAACACACACACACACACGCACACACACGCACACACACACACACACACACACACACACACACACACACACACACACACACACACACACACACACACACAAAUCAAACAAACUUAAACUUAUGUAGUCAUAUAAAUGCAGACCAGUUAGAGAAAAACAUAGCGGCAUGGACAAAGGAUUUUUGUUUGUUAAAUAUUACUAAUUUUUGUGCUUUAGGUUAUGUAGAUAAACAGUAAUGGCAGAAUCAGAAGGGAAAGUAGAGUAUUCAAUCAGCCGUGCUUAGCCUGAUACCAGUCCAGGACCCCUGCCGAGCUUGUCCACAACCAGCCAGUCAGAGCUCCGGUCACUCACUUACAGAAUAGGAUGAAGGAGCUGAGUAGCAGCUCUGACAUCCGUCAUCACCAUAGGGGAUCAAGCUAAAGAAAUACAGAGGCUUACUGCUGAGAAUAUAAGGCUCUAAUUAAAUACUGAUCAUCUCGUGGCUCCCAGACAGGGGGGUGGUGGAAUCAAUGCCUUUCAUAGCCACCCAGCAGAGAAGAACUGAGCUCAACAAAGGACUGAAUGUCUGGCUUAAAAUGUUGCUUUGUUCUGCUGCCAAUCAUCGCUUGUAUCCUGAAUAAAAUGAUAAGCUUAUGUUAUGCCUUACCCAUAUACUGUGCCUUAAAUAUAUAUCAAGAAGAAUGUGUACCGUAUCAUGCCAUAUGUAUUAUCUUUGUUGUUACAAUGACUAAAAUGAUACUCAUGUUGUAGUUGCAGGGUGCGCUACAAGAGCGGAUGAACAAUCUACACACCUUAGACUGGAGGUCUAGAGAACUUUCUGCAGUAAGGUGUAUGGUACAGAACUCUUAACUUAAAUAAAUUGGAUGCUAUACUUGCACAGCCCCUGCUUUAGAAAUUUAGUGUAAUUAUUAAUUAUUAGAAGUAGUAUAUGAAGCUUGCUUUGACAUAUUUUAGCAAAAAAAACAGCACACUUUUAUCUUUUAUUCAUAGGGGUAUUUGAAGUGGUACCUCUAGGUACCACAGGGGGGAAUGCUGUGAAUUUUCACCGUGUUAAGCAUUUAACCUGCAUGUGAAAUCACAAGACCCAUAUAUUUAGGUCAAAUCAUAUCUACAAUUAUAUUAAUAAAGUUUGUGCCACUUGUUGUAUGAGCACAUGUUGACAACACUGUUUGAAAGUGUAGCAAUUAGGAAUAAUAAGUAACCUUUGAUUGUGUUAUGGCCAACGGUGAAAAGUCCAAACAUAGGGUUAAUUCAACCUGGCACUGCUAAGUAUUCACCUGGGACUCUCUGCUCAUCUUCAUUGUCUCACGUUGUUAACAGCCCUCCUAUAGCUGAAAUGGUAUAUUGAUAUGAUAUUCUGUUUUCUUGCCUCAGCUGUCUGAAGUCGAGAAAAACCUUUGCUUAUCAAAUACAGUAGCCUACUUCUGGCAACAAAACCCGACAAAAGUGUCAGGAUGAUUAACUGUUAACUGCAGUUUUGCAGCCUUUUGACUCACUUUGGCCAUAAAACUGACAAAGGGACCCAAUUAAAAAUGAUGGAAGACAAGGUGUGGGAAUAGCGCUCAGAAAAGUUAUGGAGUAGUGCCUGACCGUCAUGAGUGUUGGAGAUUUUAAAAAAAGGAACAAAGUGCAAGUAGGAUUAACAACUGAUUGGGGAAAAGUAUUGAUGAACAUAUUACAUUGAUAAUUGGGGUAAUGUGACAUUUGUAGAGUUGAAACAUUACUUAUUAGUUCAAAUUUAAUAUGGACCAAGAAAAAACAAAGAAUGGAAACUGACCCUAUAUAAGAUGGGUCGACUGUACACUGGGUAGUUUUUUGGGCGCUGUUGUCUGUUUGUGUUGGUUCUUGAUCUGCAUGUGCUCACGGCAAACACCGUAGGGGAGCUUUUUGCUUUUCUUAUGUUUUGGUGAACUUGACCUUUCAAUAAAACCACUGGCAUAUAA